CGUUUCAGAGAAGUUAUGAAUUAGAGAUUGUGCGCAGUAAAGUAAAACCGAACCGUAAAAGGACCUGAAGACGUCGAAACUUUUAAAGGCAACCAGCACAAUUUAGACAUAAAAAAAAUACCAAAGUUAAACAUUUGUUAGAUUUCAGUUUAGAAAGCUGUCUGUUUUGUGCUGCAUACUAUCCAGCGACCAAUAUCUUUUAGGAAGCAUAUUUUUUUUUGCGAUUGAUCUCCUGUCUCUCAUCGCCAUGUCAGUCGGUGACACGUUGGAGGACAGUCGGCGAUUCUGUGUCUUGUCUUGGGAACAGGUGCAACGUUUGGACUCUAUUCUUGGCGAAUCGGUUCCUAUUCACGGCCGUGGAAACUUUCCGACACUUUCUGUUCGGCCGCGGCAGAUCGUUCAGGUUGUACGAACUCGGCUGGAGGAGCGAGGCAUCACUGUGCGGGAUGUAAAACUGAACGGCUCUGCUGCCAGUCACAUUCUGCAUCAGGACACAGGACUAGGCUACAAGGAUUUAGACCUGAUCUUUGGCAUAUCACUGUGUGAUGACCAGGCAUUCAAUCUGGUUAAAGAUGUGGUUCUGGACUGCCUGCUUGACUUCUUGCCAAAGGGCGUCAGCAAAGAGCGCAUCAAUGCACUCACUUUGAAGGAGGCCUAUGUGCAAAAAUUGGUGAAGGUGUGCAAUGACUCAGACCGCUGGAGUCUCAUAUCUCUGUCCAACAACUCAGGGAAGAACGUGGAGCUCAAGUUUGUGGAUUCGCUGAGGCGGCAGUUUGAGUUCAGUGUUGACUCAUUCCAGAUUGGACUGGACUCCUUGCUGCUCUUUGACCGCUGCUCCAAGACGCCUAUGUCCGAGAGCUUCCACCCCACGGUGUUGGGGGAAAGCAUGUAUGGAGACUUCCAGGAAGCUCUAGGUCACCUUCAUCAUAAAAUCAUUGCUACACGCAGCCCAGAGGAGAUCCGGGGUGGUGGCCUUUUGAAGUACUGCCACCUCCUGGUGCGGGGCUUCCAGCCAAAGUCAGAGACUGAGAUUAAAUCACUUCAGCGCUAUAUGUGCUCCCGGUUCUUUAUUGACUUCCCAGACAUUGGAGAGCAGCAAAGAAAGCUGGAAGCCUACCUGCAGAACCACUUUGUGGGCAUGGAGCACAAGCGCUACAGCUGCCUCACCACACUCUACCAUGUGGUUAACGAGAGUACUGUAUGCCUGAUGGGCCACGAAAGACGGCAGACAUUGAACCUUAUCUCCAUGUUGGCACUGCGGGUGCUGGCCGAACAGAAUGCUAUAACCACGGUCACCACGUGCUACUAUCAGCCCGCUCCUUAUGUACGGGAUAUAAACUUCAGUAACUACUACAUAGCUCAUGUGCAGCCACUGGUUCACCCCUGCACUAACUCCUACCAGACUUGGCUGCCCUGUAAAUGACCCAAAGAACUUGAAAAAAAGAGAAAACCAUAGAAAAGCCCUUGAAAGGGAUAGUUGUCCCACCCAACCUCUGGUGGAGUGAUAUGGAUGCACAAUAAAUUCCCUUCUUGUUUUUUUUUCUUCUCAAUGAAAAUGAGAUUAUAAGCAAUGGCAUCCUGAAAUUAUGUUUCAGUAUAAAUAGUAAAGUGGACUGAUAAUUUACUGCUGUAUGUCUGAGAUGAGCCAAUCCUUUUGCAUAUUGUCUUGCAAUUCAUUUUGCUGACUGGAUUAUGGGACAGUUGGUCUUUUUCAAAUGUAGCAAUUAUUAUGUCUUGCAGCACUUUUUGUUAGCCUAUAAAACAAAAGCUGCGUUUUUGAGAUAAUGUUCAAAACUUUUUUUUUUACUUUAGCCUGGCUGUGGUUCAAUCAAUCUGCUUCCUUCUGUUAAAGGACCAAAGGCAUUUUUUUUAAGAAGGCAAUGUUUGUAGCAAUUCCAAGUGCCUAAAACAUAAUCCAUGUCCAAAAAGGUGAGAACUUUUGUGCUCUCAUUAUUUCUGUAUCCUAUAUUUUCAGGGAUAGAAGCAUGUAUUUUCAUGUGAUUAAAAGAAAUACCAAAAUCCA